UGACAAUCACAUUUCCUGUGCAUGACCUUGACGGCGGUUGUACCCCCAGGAUGGACCACGCUCGUUCAUCCAGAAGGUUCUCGCUACUUUCUAAACAAAGAACAUAGAACAUUCACAGAAGUGGAUAUCUUUAACCCACGAAUAUACAAGUCCAUUGAAUACCACAUGCGGUACUUGCGGAGUGGGCUCGAGUCCGCCGUUAAACAAGAGAAGCUCAAUCUCCCCAUAGCACAGGUGGACCUUGUGCUCGAGCUAAAGAACAUUGACGCGUCUGAUGACUCUGCCAUCGUUUGUUGGUACUAUUUCGUCAACCACAAUAGCAGGUGCCUCUUCUGGUUGCACGAGUCUGAUGUUGGACAUGUGCUCUCCGAUUGUAAAGGCGUCAAGAGUCUUUCACACAUACGGCUUGCCAUCCAGGCACAAUAUUGGCUACAUUGGGAGUAUUUCCCUGACCUGUGCUUAGUUUCACAGGACCAUGUCGAUGAGGUUAAGGAUAUGCUGAUACAUGCGACAUGUGACCACAUAACAUCGAAGCGGUCUUCUGCGCUAGGUGAUGUCAUCGAACUCAAGGACUACAUUUCGGUGGUAGACGGAAUCAAGGGUACUUAUUCAGUCAGUGCUAUCUCAUUUGUCUAUCUAGCUGUGAUUGAUGAUGACUUUCCAGGUGAAAAUCAGUUUAUCAACUUUCACGGGGAGAAUUGCGUGAGACUCAUCUCUGACAAGACAGUCCAUGGUUGGGAAUACGUACCAUCACUGUUGAUGGUCGUAGUUGCACCCCUCCUUUUUUUGGACCCCGUGACGCAAGUCCAAGAACUGCACAGGGUUUUUGUGGAUGAAAUUGCUUCCACGGCACGGUGGAAUGCACUUAGUUCAAAAUUGAAAGGGCGACUUCAGGACUCCAAUCUCUUGGCCACUGUCCUGCUCAACGCCAAUGUUGGGUUUCUCGCUCUCGACACCGUUGAUGAGGGCAGUAAAUCUGCCAUUCAAAUGGCUUGCUACAUGUCCUUGGUGACGAGCUUGGGAAGUAUAAUUCUCGGCAUCUUCUUGGUAUGGCAUGAACAAACCUCUGGAGACAAUACAGCUUUGGAAGCAGCAUCAUUCGCAUUGAGACUUCACGACAAAAAGCACGGACUUGAAAAGCUGGCCAUAAUUUACAGCGUUCCCAAGGCGUUACUCAUGUGGGGGAUGGUCUUCUUCUUUGCGGCAUUCUCCAUCAAUUGGUGCAGUGCUGGAGGUACAAUUUCCAGGGCCGUAGUUGGUGCUUUGACACUGAUCGUAUUCGUGAUGAUAUCAUACGGCAUCAUCCGCAUCAGGGAAGGA